AUGUCUUGCACGGCGUUAAAUAAGUAUUUAGAAAUCUGUACUAGUCUAAAUGAACAUCCACUUCAUCAAUUUGAAGAGCUUCUGCAGUCUGGCGCACAAAAAAUAGAUGUAAGCAGAAUCUAUUUGCCUCGAAAACAUUUUCGCUGUCUUUUUCAGUUUAUUGAGGAACGACCGGACGUUGAGGAACUGGUUUUGGAUGGAGCGUCUUUAACUACGGAAGAUGUUAAAUCACUCAAAGAAUGUCUUCUUCAUUCUUGUGUCUCGAAGCUUAGCUUGCGGCAGAAUAAAUUGGAUGCCGCUUGCGCAACUGCACUUCGGCAGCUGUGCAUGAGUAACCCAGGAAUUGUUGAAAUUAAUUUAGAUGACACGUGCAUUCCUUCCCCCAAAAUCGACGAGAUCCAAUUAAUUGUGAAUUUGAAUCGUCUAAACGCAGAUUCUUUGCGCUCCUCGAAUGUGGUGAGCGUGCGAAACGAAUCUUCGCGGGUUAAUCGGUGGCAGCUUUGUCAAGAAAGAUGUAGAUUUGGCUCUACAUCCCAAUUGCAGUUCAAGUCACACUCAGCUCGAUCCGUUAUCGACGAAUUUGUCAAAUCAUGCAAAUCGCUUUUUUGCGAUUCUUCGUUCACCGUUGAAAAUUUUAAUCAUCCGCUAGCCAAUAUCGAAACAAUUCGAUGGAGUUCUUAUUGCGAGAUCAGCGAUUGCCAAAGUGACCUGCAAAACCAAGAAGAGCUUGGAUUUUCGGAAUCCGAUUUUUACAACAACACGUAUCUGUGUGCAGGAUUUAAUGCCUUGCGCUUUUACGACGCACUUACAAAGCCGUUGUUAUUAAGAGGUUUUCAGCAAGCGGGUCUUUACGUUUUUCGACUCUUCAUAGACGGCGCCGUUGCCGAGGUAAUUGUCGACGAUACAUUACCAUGCCUUAAGUCAGAGGACAGUUGUUUUUUAGUAGGCGUGAGUUCGUGCUGCUAUCCAUUUUAUGGCGCUUUACUAGAGAAAGCAAUUGCCAAGGCGAUUGGUGGCUACAAAUAUCUUGAGGAGUUAUCGUUCUGCGAUUAUAUUGAAAUGCUUACUGGUGGGACAAGUUUCGAAAUUAAUUUAACGAUGCGUGCGUUUAAUUCAUCAGUCACGUUCGAAUUAUUGCGUACGCUUAGCGAGAACGGACAGAAAUUAGUCGCCUGUUUGAUUCCUCGUUCACAAAGAGAAGCGCAAGCGUGCGAGAGCGAUGGAAUUUCAUGCAACCUCCCUUACACCGUUUUGAAGGCAGACGUUUGUCGAAAAAAUGGCUUGCACUAUGCCUAUCUUCUCCAAAUUGCCACUCCCUUUCCAAAGAAGCCUGUCAAAAACGCAUUUGAAGACGACACAUUCAAAUCAACCCAAAUUAACGGCAGAUUGGUUGUUUGGAUGACACUCGAGGAUUUUGCAGUUGUGUUUGGGCAGGUAUAUCUCAUAAUGUGGGCAUACGAAGAUGCAGCAUCGGAGCACAAAACGACGAAAGAACUUUCGGCUCUCAGCGCUGUGACGACGAGCUCCACUUUGUUUGCCAACAAUUCGGCGUUUUACAUUGAAAACGAAGGUAAUAGUGAGAGUGGAGUUAUGAUUUCUUUACGUCCCUCUAGAAUUGUCGACCCAUCGAAUAAGUUAAAGUGUCUCUUUUACAAAUACAUUGAACUAGGUUAUGGAACGCAAACACGCCGCUACGAUGUAUGCGACAGAAACGCGUUGUUCAAAUCAGAUGAAUUUAGCUGUAACGGGGGUUCCGUAUUUUUUAAUUUAUUGCCGCGUGAAAAACUGCAACUUGUAAUUGGGUCACAGAUAAAAGCAUCUCUCACAGUUCUAUUUUCCGCUGUCGAAGACGUGAAAGUGACUUCUCUUCCCGAGACAAUGCUAUCUUCGAGGCUGCUUGGCGAGUGGAACACAACUGUGAGUGCUAAACGCCUGUCUGACAAAAUUGUAUGCCUCACGAAUGGUACACAGGAGUGCAACACAUAUUGUGUCGUAGCUCUUGCACAGUUGCCGAGUCAAGAUCCACCUUUUCCUAUUGGUGCAUUUGGGUGGAUAGGUGACUCAGCAGAUGUGGUGACCAUUUCCACUCCACACUUUAGCACCGCCCUAGAACGAAGUGCCAUGAGUGUGCACAGUAUUUCUCUUCCUGUUCAUCCCAACGAGUGUCUUUUUAUUCUCCCUUACUGCUGCGGAACUAAAUGCGCCGAUAAGUUUGAGUUAACAGUUUUUUCUGUUUGUGGAAUGACCAGAACUGUGUUCGACACCGCCGAUUUUUUGUAA